GGCUAAGUGGGCCCAGGAUUCCUUUGCCAGUCACUGCGCUCCGGCAAGAGCGAGUUCUACUGCGAAGCCACUGCACCGAACAGGUCUCUGAACGUCUCUGAAAGUCUUUUUUUCUCCUCCGUGUGCUGAAAGGAAAACUGUUAUCCUCUCCCCUGCCUUCUCUCACCAGGUGUGACUAGGUUGUCCCUUGGUAUCGUCUUUCCUUGGUCAUCUCUGUCCUGUCCCGUACCGCACUUCUGAAGAUAAGAGGCCUCUGUCUGCACCGACCUCGACUCACCACCUCGAGUCCCACACUGCCUUACCAGCCCUAAGGAGAGACUCCCCUGGUCGCCACUGACCCCCAGCAUGGCAGACGGUCGUCAACGUGAAGACAGCCCCCCCCAGUGGGAUCCGUCGGGGGCACAGGACCCCUCUCCCCCCCCAGCCCAUGGGGCUAAUGGCUACCCCCCCUCCUACAGGGCGUGCCAGCCAGGGACGGCUCAUGGAGCAGCACCACCCUCCUACACCGCCAGAGAGAAUGGCUUCAACGGCGACCAUGCAGUUACGGCUGAGCAAGUGUCUGCGCGGAUUGUGCAGGAGGUGACAGCCGAGGCAGUGGCAGUACUGAAAGGAGAACAGGAGACAAGACUGCCUUCAGUUGAAGACACGGCGAACCUGCCUCCCUCCCCUCCUCCCUCACCUGCUGCUGAACACUGCUUCGGACCCCUGGAUCAAGAUGUAGGGGAUGAGGAGGAGGAGGCCUGCCCUCUCCACCACUUCCAAAAUUCUCGGGAGAGGUGCAAGUUCCUCGCCCCCUCCAUCUCUGUGUCUAUGCCCGAGGAUGACCCCUACCACUCUGACGAGGAAUACUAUGAUCACCCCUUGUUCAGCCCUGAGUGGGAUCGCUCGGUCUCCUCUCGGCCCUCAGUGCCGGCCGCUGCCUUUAGACAGAUCCAAGAGACCGUCGAGGCUCUUACAGACACAUUCGAGGAGGAGGAGGAAGAGGUGUUGAUGUUGGAGGAGGAGGAGAUGGAAGGGGCAGCAGCAGAAAUCGUGGCAGCUCUUGAGGAGCUGUGGAGUGGGGAUGAGCCUGAGCUGGACAGCCCCCCAGCCGAGCCCUUAGAACAGGCAGAGGCCAUAGGCGAGGCCCAUACUGUGCCACCAGUGCAGGCCGAGGCAGCUAGUGCCGCCCCAGAAGGCCCUGACAGGAGGGUGGAGGAGAAAGAGGAGGAGGUGGCAGAGGCUGAGGGGGAGGAGGAGAGUCCUGAGGAAGCCUUGAAGAUGGACAUGGACAAACCAGACAGCGAGAGGAGUGGAUCCCUGAGCCCAGACUUCACUGAACAAGAGAGUCCAGCUUUCCUCAGCGGGGACCAUGCAGCAGCACCCCUGAUCCCCAAAACGGACAUGGAUCCCCCUUCCCCUUCUCUGUCCUCUUUACCUUCAAACAGCCAGAGCCAAGCCAAAGAGCUUAGCAAAAUGUCUAUACUGGAUGAACGUAAAACAGUCUCAGAGAAGCAACCGUCAGUGGAAGUUCUUGAGUCCAGUAACCUCACGACGGAUUCAGGGUCUGGGUUCACAAGAGCUGAAGACCGAGGUCAAGGACAAGGUGUCCCAUCUGACUCUAACAAAGACAAAUCGGGCAUGUCAGCUUAUUUCGAGACUUCGGCCCUGAAGCCAGACGAGGGAUCCAAGGGGGUUCAAGCAGAAGGUUAUUAUGAACUGAGCACCGCAGGAGAAGAGAAGAAGGUCUUAGGGAGCAGUUCCCCAACAGUUCCGUCACCCCUUGAGAUCAACUACAGCAUGCUGGCACAAACACAGUCAGUGGAGGAGAAAUCAGACACCAAGAAGAGUUUGAUGGGAGAUCAAAAGGAGACCUUACCAGCACUGGACAGGAGUAACGAAUGUCGGCUGUCUCCUGGGAAGCUGGCCCUGGAUCAAAGAAGCUACUCUCUCAACAUUACGAUUGGAUCGAUUGAUCCCAGUGGUCAUGGACUACCUAGAAACUUCUCCCCACUGGCCACGGAUAUCAUGUCUUUUACCAGCGGCAGUCUGGAGGAGUCUGCCAACUAUCUCCCAGUCACCACCCCGUCUGUGGAGAAGGAGCCGACACCCUUCCCUCCCCUGAUCCUGGAGACGGCAGCCUCAGUCACGUCCGACUCUUCAUCUCCUCCCCAUGACACAGCAACAGAGACCCCCGGUGAAAAGACCAGCCCCCAGGGGUCAGAGUCCCCAGAAUCUCCCUUCCCACCUAAAUACUACUACAAAAACGGGACAGUCAUGGCUCCUGACCUACCUGAAAUGCUGGACCUUGCGGGCAGCAGAUCUAGACUGGCUUCUGAGAACACUGACCCUGAGAUCAUGAGGAGGAAGUCUGUCCCUGCGGACGCCCAAGGCCUUGGCAGCGACUCCCUGGCUAACCUGGUUCUGGGGGACCAGAGUCAGAACCAGAGUCUUGCCAAGAGUGAGAGCCAGCUGGAGGAGUUGGGUUACUGUGUGUUCAGUGAGUACUCAGGGCCCAUGCCUUCCCCUGCUGACCUCCAUAGUCCCAUUGACUCCCCGCCCCAGCGCUUUACCCCUAUGGCUCUGGAGGAAAAGAUGGCGGAGGAGAAACUGAAAAUCGACGCCAGAGACAAACUAGCCGAAGACGAGAAGACCAGUCAGUUAGCUGAGAGCGCCGGUUCCAAUGAAAAGGAAGAAACCAAACAAAUGGGACAGAAGGAUUCAGCUUCAGAGGAAAAAGACAACAAAAAGAUCAGUCAUGAAAAUGUUUCCAUGGAAAACCAAAAAGACAAACCAGCUUCAGCUCUGAAGUCAGCCGAGUCCUUUGUAACUCCUACAGUGACGGUUACCCUGGAAGAGGAGGAGAAGCUAGGAGACAACGGACCCGAGACAGAUGCUGAGAUUGCUGCCUAUGAGAGGCAGAUCCGCCGGCUGGAGAUGGAGGACAGGCCCCUGAGCAUGGAGGAGGAGCGGGAGCUGCAGGAGCUCAGGGAGAAGGUGAAGGACAAGUUCCUGGUGCACCAGGAGGCAUACGAGGAGGUGGAUGCUGAAGACGUCUACCAACUGACUGGAGUUGCCAAGGACAGGAUCGGCAGGCCCGUUAGGCCCUCCCCAGCCUCCUCCGUGGAGAGUACCACAGAAGAAGACAAUGUUUCAGUUACAGAGACAGAGAAACCUAAACAGACGGGAGGUCAGACAACACCAACAAAGCUUGACGUCAUGGCAAUGUCUCCAUCUGUGUCAGGUGAUUGUGUGAGCACCACAGAAGAAGGCAAGGUUCCUGUUACGGAGACAGAGAAACCUAAACAGAAUGGAAGUCAGACAAUGCCAAAGAAGGUUGACAUCAUGGUGACGUCUCCAUCUCUGUCAGUUGGUGGUGUGAGCACCACAGAAGAAGACAAGGUUUCAGUUACGGAGACAGAGAAACCUAAACAGACGGGAGGUCAGACAACACCAACAAAGCUUGACGUCAUGGAAAUGUCUCCAUCUGUGGCAGGUGAUGGUGUGAGCACCACAGAAGAAGACAAGGUUCCUGUUACGGAGACAGAGAAACCUAAACAGAAUGGAGGUCAGACAACGCCAAAGAAGGUUGACAUCAUGGUGAUGUCUCCGUCUGUGUCAGUUGGUGGUGUGAGCACCACAGAAGAAGACAAGGUUUCAGUUACGGAGACAGAGAAACCAAAACAGACAGGAGGUCAGACAACACCAACAAAGUUUGAUGUCAUGGCAAUGUCUCCAUCUGUGUCAGGUGGUGUGAGCACCACAGAAGAAGACAAGGUUCCAGUUACAGUUACAGAGACAGAGAAACCUAAACAGACGGGGGGUCAAACGCCAACGAGGGUUGACAUCAUGGUGACUUCUCCAUCUGUGUCAGGUGAUGGUGUGGGAACCACAGAAGAAGAAAAGGUUCCAGUUACAGAGACAGAGAAACCUAAACAGACAGGAGGUCAAACGCCAACGAGGGUUGACAUCAUGGUGACUUCUCCAUCUGUGUCAGGUGAUGGUGUGAGCACCACAGAAGACGAAAAGGUUCCAUUCACGGAAUCAGAGAAACCUAAACAGAAUGGAGGUCAGACAACGCCAACCAAGGUUGACAUCAUGACGACGUCUCCAUCUGUGUCAGGUGGUGGUGGGAGCACCACAGAAGAAGAAAAGGUUCCAGUUACGGAAACAGAGAAACCUAAACAGAAUGGAGGUCAGACAACGCCAACCAAGGUUGACAUCAUGACGACGUCUCCAUCUGUGUCAGGUGGUGGUGGGAGCACCACAGAAGAAGAGAAUGAGAAAGUUAGUGAAGAGAAGCUGAAGAAGGAGCAGGUUGUUGAGGUCAAAGAGAAGACCAUGGAAGAAAAGAAAAAGGUAGAGGGGGAGGAGGAGGAUACAGAGCAGGCAGUGGAACCAGAGGAAAUCAUGAUAAAGAUAAAAGCAUCAAUGCCUGUAGAGAAAGAAGAGAAAGUUGAGAAGGAUAGAAUGACAAACAAGGAGGAAGAGGAGGAGGAAGAUAGUGAAGUUCUGGCAGGGGCAGCGGUGAUUGAUGUUCAAGAACCCAGAGCUGCCAUAGAGUCAGUGGUGACCGUUGAAGAUGACUUCAUCACUGUAGUCCAGACCAUCGACGAGGGUGAGGAGCCAGGACACAGCGUGCGUUUUUCCGCUCCGCCCGAGCCUGAGACACCAGAGGAGGAGGAGGAGGAGUCCCAGGAGGUGGAGAUCAUGGAGGCAGCUAGUCUGGAGGAGGUGGGGGAUGUCUCAGAGGAGGCCCUUGAGAAGGAGGUGCAGGCCUCCCCAGAGAAGGAGGUGCAGUUGGAGACCGAGGGACAGACAGAGAGCUACGACAGAGACGAGACCACCAUGGACGACUCCAUCCUAGACAGCUCUUGGGUCGACACUCAAGAUCUCUCCACUGUAGAUGUGGAUGAUGACAUGAGCAUGGCUACCGAGCAGAUUGAUCCCCUUAGAGCCGACCGGGUCCCAGCCCCACCAGUCAAGAAGUACAAGACUCUCCAGCAGCAGAAGCAGGAAAAGCAGCCAGUGAAGCCCAAGGCUAAAGGCGGGCGUGUGAAGGGGCGCGAGGGGUGCGUCUCCACCCCUGAACGUAAACCCGUCCGCAAGGAGACGGUCUAUAUCCCCAGGGAAGACAUCAAGAAGAAAAAAGCCGUGAUCAAGAAGACUGAGCUGACUAAGAAAGCAGAGACGCGCUCCUCUCCAUCCCGGAAGAGUGUGUUAAAGCCUACUGCGGUCCGACACCCACGUCCCGCCCAGCCCCAACCCCACCCCUGUGCUAGGAGGAAACCUACAGUGGGUGUACCAGAAGGUCGUCGGCCCCUCAGUGUUGCUAGACAGUCUCGGGACAGAGCCUCAGAUGGCGGUUCGCAGAGCCCAAAGAGGUCGUCCCUGCCCCGGCCUGCCUCUGUCCCGCGGCCUGCCUCGAUCCUGAGCCGGCGUACCCACCACCAACCACAUGACCAGGAGGAGAGCUCCACCUCUAUCACCAGCUCCGGCUCUACCGCACCCCGUAGACCCACGUCAUUCAGUACAGAGGUCAGGGCGGAGCAUAGGACAGGACGCGCCCCUAGUUGGACAGGCACACAGUCGAUGCGUUCCCGUUCACUGUGCACCACAACCCGCACCCCAGGGUCCACAGCCAUCUCCCCUGGGACUCCUCCCAGCUACAGCUACUCCUGCCGCACACCUGGGACCCCUCUCACCCCUGGCACACCCCGUUCUCGAAGCCUGCUGCAGGAGAAGAAGGUGGCUCUGCUCCGCACCCCUCCCAAGUCACCUGCCACCACUCCCAAACAGCUCCGCAUCCUUAACCAGCCUCUGCCCGACCUCAAGAACAUCAAGUCCAAGAUCGGCUCCACAGACAACAUCAAGUACCAGCCCAAGGGGGGACAGAUUCAGAUUUUAAACAAGAAGCUGGACUUCAGUCACGUACAGUCAAAAUGCGGAUCCAAGGAUAACAUGAAGCAUUCUCCUCGUGGAGGCCAUGUGCUUAUUCCCAGUGUUAAACUGGACUUUAGCCAUGUUCAGUCUAGGUGUGGCUCCCUGGACAAAAGACAGUAUGCUGCGGGAGGGGGAAAUGUGCAGAUUCAGACCAAGAAGAUUGACCUGAGUCACGUGACCUCCAAGUGUGGAUCGCUGGACAACAUCCGCCACCGGCCAGGGGGAGGUAACGUGCGCAUAGAGAGUGUGAAGCUGGACUUUAAAGACAAGGCCCAGCCCAAGGUGGGUUCCCUGGAUAAUGCACACCACACCCCUGGUGGAGGCCACAUUAUGAUCGAAAGCCACAAGCUGUUGUUCCGUGAUACGGCCAAGGCCCGGGUGGACCACGGGGCGGAGAUCAUCAUGACCCAGUCUCCGGAAAUGGGCAUGUCAGGGACGGUGUCCCCCCACCGCGACAGCCACCUGUCCUCCUCUGGCAGCAUCAACUUGCUGGAGUCUCCACAGCUAGCCACUCUAGCUGAAGACGUCACCGCCGCCCUGGCCAAGCAGGGCUUGUGAGCGCCUUGACCCCCUCAGCCAAGGCACCGGAUCUCUUGACCUUCCCCCUGCCUCCAGUCCACCCCAGCCCCGGACACCUUCCCCCUGCCAACAGUCCACCCCAGCCCCGGGACACCUUCCCCCUGCCAACAGUCCACCCUAGCCCCGGGACACCUUCCCCCUUCCAACAGUCCACCCCAGCCCCGCGACACCUUCCCCCUUCCAACAGUCCACCACAGCCCCGGGACACCUUCCCCCUGCCUCCAGUCCUGACCCCCUCAACUUGCCUCAAGUUCAACCUGACCCCAAGCCUUGGACUCCCUCACUUGCUUCUAGUCCAGCCCAAGUUUCCUCAUCAUGCCUCCACCCAGCCUCCAAUCUCCCUUCAGUCCACCCCCAGCCUCGGGUACCAAACAGCCCACACAAAUCUCUGCCUCAACCCUGCCUCAACCCCACCCUGCCUCAACCCCACUCUGCCUCAACCCCACUCUGCCCCCCGGACACCUUCUCUGUGCCUCCACCCAGUCUCUACCCUUCCCUGCUACCUGCCAUGCGGUCCAUGUCAAACACCCUCACCCCACCAUGCCUCCCAUCCAUCCCAGGCCAUGGACACCCUGACCCCACCAUGCCUCCCAUCCAUCCCAGGCCAUGGACACCCUGACCCCACCAUGCCUCCCAUCCAUCCCAGGCCAUGGACACCCUGACCCCACCCUGCCUUCUGUCUAUUCCAGGCCCUGAACACCCUGAACCCAACCUGCCUCCCGUCCAUUCCAGGCCCUGGACACCCUGAACCCACCCUGCCUUCCGUCCAUUCCAGGCCAUGGACACCCUGAACCCAACCUGCCUCCCGUCCAUUCCAGGCCCUGGACACCCUCUUCCCACCCUGCCUUCCGUCCAUUCCAGACCCUGGACACCCUCUUCCCACCCUGCCUUCCGUCCAUUCCAGACCCUGGACACCCUGAACCCACCCUGCCUUCCGUCCAUUCCAGGCCAUGGACACCCUGAACCCACCCUGCCUCCCGUCCAUUCCAGGCCCUGGACACCCUGAACCCAACCUGCCUCCCGUCCAUUCCAGGCCCUGGACACCCUGAACCCACCCUGCCUACCGUCCAUUCCAGGCCAUGGACACCCUGAACCCACCCUGCCUCCCGUCCAUUCCAGGCCCUGGACACCCUCUUCCCACCCUGCCUCCCGUCCAUUCCAGGCCCUGAACACCGUGAACCCAACCUGUCUCCCGUCCAUCCCAGGCCAUGGACACCCUCUUCCCAUCUUGCCUUCAGUUCAACCACCCAGGCUCCCUCACCCUGUCCCAGGCCUCUCGUCAACCCCAGCCCAGAUGCCCAGACACCCCACCCAUCCUGCAGCAGCUUCAUACUCACCGCCUGAUGGAGCUGCCUACCCCACCCUAUGUCAACAAGACAAAUGAAGAAAAAACAACAACCCUUAUGGAACUAGAGACUAUUUAGAAAGUACUUUUGGUCAAUUGUUUGUUGAUAUUUCCAUUUCAAGUACUUGUACUUUUUUUCUCCAUCUUUUAUCUGGUGUAUUUUUUUUAAUGCUGCGUAUAGAUAGAUAGUGUCCAAGCACUGACUCAAGAUCAGCUGUAGCUCUUUGCACAACAUAAUCUGGGUAUGGGCCAGGUAUAGGGUGGGCUGGUCUCUGUUCAGUUCUUACGAGCAGCCUUUUCUUACACUAAGUAGGAAGUCACGUGGCCAUGCCCAUACAGUACUCUACCCAUGCCAUGCCGCCAGCACGUCUUGUUUUGCUCAGUAAAGUGCAUGGACGCCAGACUCAACAUUCACCAUACAUCAAGCAUCCUUGCAGCUAGUCCCAGAUCCAAUAUAUAAUAAAUAUAUAAACAAUAUAUUGAAAAUAUGUAUAAAUAUACCAGCUCUUUGUCUUCAACAACAUCUCUUCGAAAAACAAUUUUAAAAAAGUGAUUAGUCCUAUAAGUAUCUUAUACCUGAAAAAUUGCAUUAUUUCAAUAACUAGAUAAUGGUAUGAUGAGCAUGUAUUGAUUCUAGUUACAAAGGCUAUUUUCUAUUUCAAAUAAAAGGAUUUUAGUAAGUUAUUUCCUUAAUCAUUGGAUAGAAAAAUUAACACUUCAUGUUUUUGUAGAUAUUAGUUGACUAGUAUGUUAUGCUUGUUGAAGUUGACUUCAGACAACUGUGCUGGUAUUGCUAAGGAGUACAUCUUCCAGGCCUGCAACAGAGUACUAAAGGCCCUGCGAAUGACUAGCGCCCUGUCCUGGGGGUGUACAGUAGUUGUACAUCAAGCUGCCUCCCAUUACAGAAACAGGAGAUAAGCUCCUGCCCCUAUGGGCCGUUCUGGCUCGGACCAGGCUUACUUUAAUUACAGAGAACUAACCAAUGCUACUCUCUCUGGGAGCUGUUCUUCUAAAAGGCUGCUUAGCCAGUCCUAGUCUAGUUUAAGAGGAUGCUGCUUUGAUUCUCAUCUCAAAUAUCCCAGUUCAAAAGAAACGUUGAUAUAGCUAGGAGCUCACAGAAGCUGUGAUCACAAUCCAUUCACCAUGCUAGCAAUAGGCAUUGGAUGGCUGUAAGAUAUUUUAGUCCAUAGUGUUCGAUGAACACCCCAAGGCUCUCAGAGCAGGCUGAGAUUGAACUCACGAGGGCUUGCAGUUGUCUGAACCAUAUUGUGGAUGAAGCUAUUAUUUAAAGAUUACAUUUACAAAGCAGCUGUGGAACUCUGGACCCUGUGUCCCUACAGUUCACUUCUGGAUGCUAGGUUUGUUUUGUGUAAAACAUUUAGGGGGGAAAAGAAAGGGGGAAAAGAAAUAAAACUUUAAAAAAAAGGAAACUCAACAAGUCAUGUUGCAUCUGUUUGAUAAAGUGUUCCUCUAUAUUUUUUCUGUCGCUAUUUUGUGGUAUUUAUUCCUCCUUCUUUUAGUAUUAAUGUUUGCUUCUGUGUUCGUUCUGCACCCCCCUAUCCCCUAUCCCCUACCCCCUAAUCCCGAUCCCCUAACCUCUACCCCAACCUACAGCAACUGUAAAUGUAAUUAAAAGUAGAUGUACGCAGUUUUUCUCCUGUUGAUAUGAUACUGAUAACAAAAUGCUCUUAACAAUUAAAGACAAUAAAAACAAUGAAAAACACUCUCGUCGUGAGUAUUUCCAAACUUUUUGGAGAUUAUGGUUACCACCUAUAAUGUUGUGUGGGGGAUCUAUACUUAAAGAAAGAGAUUCAAGCAUGUUUUUAAAAUAUUUUAAUCAUUCUUUCAGAGGCAACAAGAAUACGAACAUUUGGGCCACCACCAGUGUUUAUCUGUUUUAACCUCUCCCCUAUAGCUACACUAAGAAUGAGUCCCAAAUGGCACCCUAUUGGGCUCUAGUCAAAAGUAGUGCACUAUAUAGGGAUUAGAGUGCCAUUUGGGACACAAGCCUCACUCUCCGCACUCUCCCGCAGAGCAAAGAAUAAGAGCUGCGACACCGGAGGGUUCUUGAAAAGUUUAUUUUGUGAAAUAGCGGAGGAGAAAAAUUCAUUAAGACAUAGGGGAGAGUGAGUUUUGAUGGCCAGUCUACAGCAAAGCCAGUCACCUCUACUGGCCCAAUCCAGGCAGCAAGUAAGGGAUGGAAUGGGUAGCUCCUCCCUACCCCCUUUCCUUUACCGAACCACGGUGGAGAGGCAUACCCCGCCAAGAUGGCGGGGGACAAG